CGCCUCAAUACGACGUCGUCUUGUUCCAGAAUUUCGCCGCCUCCAGAAAUUCGUCUCUGUUGUUUCUUCUCCAGAAAUUGAUUCUUCCUCCAUCACCAUCUUCGUGAAUUUCAGUGACAAAGCGUAGAAAUCAAAAGUGUAAGCAUCAUGGAUCUUGAUCCGUUGGCUGGUCCUGCCAAGGUGCCAAGGAAGGUGAAAUAUAAGCCAAAAGCUCCUGUCAAGAAAGUAAAGAAAGAAGUCGUUCCUAAAGUUGAGAAAGAAGAAGGCGACAUUGAUGAGGCCAAGGCAGAGUAUCUUCUGCGCCGCCUUCAUGAAACAUCUUCAGGUAGGCCGAAGCCUGAAAAGAAAGCUCAACUUGCCCAAGUUGCAUUCGGUGUUGCAGAAGCAUCUACCUUCAAGUCAUAUCAUCCUUCCAAUGGCACAUCUUCCGAUGGGAUUCCCAAAGUGGGUAAAGAAUAUAAAGAACCGUGGAAUUACUACUCGAAUUAUCCAGUAACACUUCCCAUUAGAAGACCUUAUGCAGGAAAUCCAGAAAUUCUUGAUAAAGAAGAAUUCGAUGGAGAUGAAGGGCCACCCGUACCUGAAGAAAAUCCAAGAAAUGCAGCUCAAGAACUCGGCCUUUUGGAUAAAAGUCCGGAGAAUAAUAUGUUCUUCCUUCAGCUACCAAAGAUACUGCCCGGGAUAGCACAGUUAGCUGAUCCACAAGCCCCAGAAUCUCAAAACCUCACCACUUUGGAUUCACUGCCACAAGGAUUGAUUGGGAAAAUGUUGGUAUAUAAGAGUGGUGCUGUGAAGAUGAAGAUUGGAAAUGCAACAUACAAUGUAACUGCAGGGAUGAAGUGCAUGUUCGCACAAGAUGUUGUCGCCAUCAAUGCAGAGAAGAAGCUCUGUUGCAACUUGGGAGAGUUGAACAAGCGAGCAGUCGCAACCCUGGACCUUGACAGCAUGCUGCAAGGUAUGGCUGAUUUAUGAUGAUUCUUUUGUUCAUCAACUUAGGAAAAUUUUGCUUGCAAGUUCCGGAAUCAAUAAUCAUUGAGCACUAUAUUUAAAAGAGAAGUUUUGAAAUAUUACCUUUACUUUGUACUGUUACACAAUGAAAUUCUCAUUGUGUUUAAGAUAUUGGGAUAUUGUUUUUUAUUGAUAGAUAUUCAUUU